AUGAGCUAAAAUCAUAAAAUAGUAAAAAUUAAUUCUAAGUUAGCAGAUAAAAAUAAUAAUUCUGCAACAAAAAAUGACAUUUAGAGUUAAACUCACCAUAAAAAAAUUUUAUAAGAAAGUUCAGGUUAGACCUAAAAAACCAAAAAUGUUUCAUUUUUAUAAUUGUUUAGGUAUGCUACAACAUCUGAAAUUGUUUUUAUGGUUAUUGGAGCUUUAGCUGCUAUGGCUAAUGGAGUAGCAUUUCCACUAUUUGCCUUAAUUUUUGGAGAAAUGGCAGAUUCAUUUGGACCUUAAUUAACUGGUUAAUAGGUGUUCGAAAAUGCUAAGACUUAAUGCCUUUACUUUUUAUACAUUGGUAUAGGAACUUUUAUUUUGAGUUGGAUUUAAAUGAGCUGCUGGAUUAUAGCAGGAGAAAAAUAAUCUAUCAGAUAUAGAAUUUAAUAUUUUAAAGCUAUACUGAGACAAGAGGUUGGGUGGUUCGAUCUCAUAAAUCUUAAUGAGCUAACAUCAAAAAUUGCCUCAGAGACUAAUCUAAUAUAGAUUGCUAUUGGCGAAAAUGUUCCAACAUAUAUCAUGAAUAUUUGUAUGACAAUUGGUGGAUUUGCUGUAGGUUAUGCAAGAGGAUGGUAAAUGGCAUUAAUAACUACUUCAGCUCUUCCAGUCUUAACUUUAGGUGGUUUGGCAUUUGCCUUAACUGUCUAAAUGUCACAAAAAAAAAUAGCUAAUUCUUAUGAAAAGGCAGGAGGAAUGGCAGAACAAGGACUUAAUGCAAUAAAAACAGUUAAAUCAUUGACAGGGGAAGAAUUUGAGCUCACAAAUUACAAAACUGGAUUAGUUUAAGCUUUUAAAAUAGCUUGUAAAUAUGCAAUAUGGGCUGGUAUUGGUUUAGGAUUAACAUUUGCUACUAUGUUUUUAGACUAUGCUUUAAGCUUUUGGUAUGGAUCUGUUCUUGUUGGUGAUAGCAUUUACAAUUCUACAUAUGAUAGAGAUUACACUUAAGGAGAUGUUUUCGUUAUAUUUUUCGCUAUUAUCAUAGGAGGAUUUUCACUUGGAUAAGGCGCUCCUUGUAUUAAAAAAUUCUAAUCUGGAAAAUUGGCUGCUGCUAAAAUUUUUGAAGUAAUUGAUAGAGAGCCUCAAAUUAUUUUACCUUCAAAUCCAUAAACUAUAUAAAAUCUUAUUGGAAAUAUUAAGUUUAAUAAUGCCUCGUUUAACUAUCCAUCUAAAAAAGACAGUUCUAUUUUAAGAAAUUUAAAUUUAGAAAUAAAAGCUAAUUAAAAAACAGCAAUAGUGGGUGAAUCAGGAUGUGGAAAAUCUACUAUAAUGCAGCUUUUACUUAGAUUUUAUGAUAUCGAUUCUGGAAAAUUAACUAUUGAUGGAUAUGAUGUCAGAGAUUUAGAUUACAACUGGCUCAGAAGAAAUAUUGGUUACGUUGGAUAAGAACCAGUAUUAUUUGCAACAACAAUUAGAGAAAAUUUAAAAUUCGGAAAGGAUGAUGCAACCGAAUAAGAAAUGAUUCAUGCACUUUAAUAGGCGAAUGCGUGGGAAUUCGUUUCCAUGCUAUAAGAUAAGUUAGAUACUUAUGUUGGAAAUUCAGGAAGCUAACUUUCAGGAGGUUAAAAGUAAAGAAUUUGUAUAGCAAGAGCUAUUUUAAAGAAUCCUUAAAUAUUACUCUUAGAUGAAGCUACUAGCGCUUUAGAUAGAAGAAAUGAAAUUUCAAUUUAAUAAACUCUUGAUUAAGUAUCUAAAGGAAGGACAACUAUUGUAAUUGCUCAUAGAAUUUCUACAGUUUAAAACUCUGAUAAUAUUUUAGUUAUUCAGUAAGGUCAGCUUAUUGAAGAAGGUACCUUUGAAUAAUUGAUAGCUUAAAAUGGGAAAUUUUAAUCACUAGCUAAAAACCAAAUUCAAAGGUAUGCUAGUGAAGAGAACCAGGAGGAUUUAGAAAAUUAGUUAAAUGAAGAAUAGAAUUCAGCUAAUGUAAAAAUCUAGUGCCAAGAUUCUUUAAAAAAACCUAUUACUAAGUAUCAACUUAAAAACGAAACAUAAGACUAGUAGCUUGACAAAUAAACUAACUUAAGCAAAGAAGAAAAAAGAAUCUUAUAGUAACAAGAGAAGAGUAUGCUCAAAAGAUUGCAUGAUAUAAAUAAACCUGAUAAAAUAAUACUUUAUUUUGGAAUAUUUUUUGCUCUUGGAAAUGGUGUUUGUUUUCCCCUAAGUGGUUUUCUUUUAGGAGAAUAUGUUGAUGCACUUGCACAUCCUGGAGCUGAUGACUACAAAUAACGAACUAAUUGGCUCUCUUUGGGGUUUGUAUUUUUAGCAAUUGCAGCUUUAGUAUUUAGCACUUUUUAGUCAUACUUUUUCACCAGAUUUGGUGAAAGCUUAACAUUAAGAUUGAGAUAAGAUGUUUAUAAAAAAAUGCUCAUAAUGCCUUGCGAGUGGUUUGAUAAGCAAGAAAAUAAUCCUGGAUGCUUAAGCUCUCAUUUAGCUGUAAAUGCUCAUUAAGUAAAUGGUUUAGUUUCAACCGUAAUCUCAACUUAGUUUUAGAGUAUUUCUUCAUUUAUAACAGGACUAGUGUGUGCUUUUACUGCUUCUUGGAGAGUAUCACUAGUUGCAUUAGGAGUAAGCCCUUUAAUGGUUAUUGCUGGUUCACUUUAAGCUAAAUUUGUUUAAGGAUUUAGUAAAGGAUCAGAGGAAGCUUACAAAGAUUCGGGAAUUAUAAUUAUGGAAAGUGUUACAAACAUAAGAACUGUUGCAUCUUUUGCAAAUGAAGGAAAAAUAUUACAAUUCUAUGAUGAGAAACUGUAAAAAUCAUAUAAUUCAAUAAAUAAAAAGGGGAAUACUGCAGGAUUGGCGUUUGGAUUUUCAUAAUUUGUUAUGUUUGCUACAUACUCUAUAAUUUUUAUAUGCUCAGCUGCCUUUGUAAGAGAUUAUGGUGUUUCAAUGAAAGAUAUGUUUAUAUCAGUAUAUGCAAUUAUGUUUGCAGCAUUUGGAGCGGGGAAUAAUAAUUAAGUUAUGAAUGACUCUGGAAAUGCAAAAAAUGCCUGCAAAAGUUUAUUCUAAAUUUUAGACUCUCAAGAUGAAAUCUAAUAAUCUCAACUCAAAGAAAAUUCUUUGAUAAAAACAGGUGUCUUAGGUGAUAUUGAGUUCAAAAAUGUUUCAUUUAAAUAUCCUAACCGUGAAGCUUAAGUAUUUGAUUAACUUUCUUUUACAGUUAAGAGAGGCUAAAAAGUGGCUUUCGUAGGACCAAGCGGUUCUGGAAAAUCUUCUAUACUAUAGUUAGUAAUGAGGUUUUACGAUACUUAUGAAGGAUAAAUACUUAUAGAUGGCAGAGAUUUAAAGUCCUAUGAUUUAAAAUAAUUCAGAAAAAGUUUUGGAAUUGUUAGUUAAGAACCAAUUCUAUUUAAUGGUAAUAUAUCAGAAAAUAUAAAGUAUAACAUAGAAGAGGCCACUUAAAAAGAUAUUAUAGAAGCAGCUUCAAAAGCAAAUGCUUUAAACUUCAUUUAAUCUAAUUAAUUCUAAUAAAAAGACACAUAAAUUAAUAAAAAUGAUUAUGGCUAAGGUUUUGAAAGGCUAGUAGGACCAAAAGGAAGUUAGCUUUCAGGAGGUUAAAAAUAACGGAUAGCAAUAGCAAGAGCAAUUGCUAGAAACCCAAAUAUUCUCUUAUUAGAUGAAGCUACGAGUGCUUUAGAUCCUGAAAGUGAAAAAAGCGUUUAAGAAACACUUAAUAAUUUUAUGAAAGAUAAAACAACUAUAAGUGUAGCUCAUAGAAUUUCUACAAUUAAAGACAGUGAUUAAAUAUUUGUAAUAGAAAAAGGUAAACUUGUUGAACAAGGAACAUUCGAUUAAUUAAUGGCUAACAAAUCGUAUUUCUAUAGGCUAAAUGCAAAUUGA